GGUUUUUCUGUCUUACACUGUGCUCUCGAUAUUCAUUAGUCUUCGCUUUGUAAAUUGUUGUAUACGUUGCCGUUGGAUUAUUGUAAUAGCGAUCGAUUUGUGCGUUAAUGAUCAAUUUCUUGACGUCUUACUCCCUUACUGCCUUCAACCAAACCUUCAACCAUCAACCAUCAUGAACAUCAGUCAACUCAGUUUGUCAGUUUACCCAGAACAGGUUCAACAUUCUUUGAAUGAAGCUAUUGCAUUCCAACAGAAUUUAUAUGAGCUAUCAAGCGAUUGGUUAUACUACGAAAACGAUCAACAUGAGUUUUUGAAAAAAAAUAUACGGUAUUCGCUUUUCGGUGCACCGGAGACGGAUGCCCCAUCAACGGAUAUAGUUUGUUGUACAGGAGAUCCAAUUCAAACAGAGCUGUUGCCUGAGCAAGAGAAGUUAAUUGAUAUGAUAUAUAGUCGGAUACUUGAAGUGAAUAGAUGCAAGAACUCUCUUCACGUUGGCGUAAUAUUUAACGUCUUGUGCAAUCUUGAGAAAAAAGAAAAACCGUAUGUGGCUCCAGUGCCAGUAUUUAAGGUAAAGAGAUGUAUGGAACGAGAGGAAAACCUGAAAAUUGGGCCAUAUGCUCCAGGUUCAGCCAAUAAAAUUGGUAGAACAGCUCUCUACCAUUACUGCGUUAAUUAUAUCGACUCAGAGGGGCGGAUUUAUAAAAACUGGACAGAUUAUGUAACCAACAAUACACUUCCUAAAUGUAUGAUGGUACUUCCAAUGGGUGGAUUCUAUCAAGCAAAUCCACUUGAAAAUAAUACAACUGAUAUAACUCAUGUUUGGGUUGAAAUUGGCCCAGCUCCAGGGGCUGCUAAGAUUUUAUCCUGCCUUGAUGUCGCAAGCACUGUCUUAGGGAUUGGAGCACUCGGCAUUACUGCGGCAACUCUGGCAGCACCCGCUAUCAUUGCUGCUCCUGUGGUUGUAGCAGGUUCUGUUUGCGGUGCUGUAAGUGGGGUCUACGCAACGGUCAGAUCUGGCCAGCAAUUGGCAGACCGUCGUCAACACCAACAGUCUAUUUCUGUGCUUGAUGAAACAGCACGAUCCGCUUGGCUGGGUAUUGUAGGUGGUGUAGCAGGAGGUUUAGCAAGUGGGUCUACAAUGAUUUUGAAUAAGGCAGCACGGGCAGGUUUGACAAUAGGCAAACUAGGCCAGACUACUUAUAAUGUAAUCUCUGUUGGUAAUAUAAUUAUAAAUGGUAUGGGAAUUGGUAAUGGAAUCUACAAUAUAUAUAUGAAGUAUCAGAACAGAAAAGAAGUUUCUGUACUUGAUGUAACCCAAGUAAUGGCGCAUGUAUUGUUCUUUGGUAAUGCUGUGAUGAAUUUUCAAACGGCUAAGACUAUAAUCAAUAAUACACAGCAACAAGUGCUUCAAGAUUAUGAACAAUCACUAAGAAGUAACAGACACAAAAAAGCUUUCAGACGAAUCAGACGUAAUACUCAGGCAUCUAGCAGCGACCAAAUCACCGGAGACUCUGAAAUCAUUCGUGGGAUCCAAUCGAUUCAAAAUAAGGAUGAUUUCUUUGCGGGAGUUGUUAAAAACAGAAAAGUAUUUAGCUCGUCGAACGCUGAAGUCACGUUCAAAGAUGGUCAUGCUAUGAUCAAUAACCAUGUAAAAUUUGAUCCAAUUGAAUUGUCUCAGCAACCACAGCAAGUAAGAGUCAAUACUGUGAGAGCUGCAGAGCCUUUUCGUGUAUCACAGAGUACCAUACCAUCUCCGACAAGAAUGCCAGAGUCAAACUAUAUAAGGCAACUUAACUUGAUCAGAGAAAGUCUUGAACCUUUCAAGGACUGUUCACUAUCUUCAAUACCUUUUCAAACUAUACAUAUUGGAAAGCUUAUAAUUGAUAUGCAGAACUUUAGUGAGAAUGAAUGUACCAAUUUAAUCACAAAACUAGCAAACAUUGCACAAUAUAUUCUUAGAGAAAUCAGAGAUUUUAUAAUGGAGUCAAUGGAUAAAUUAAUGUACCAUAUUUGGACUGUGUAUGUAAGACCAAAAGUUGAGCGUUUGUUUGCCGAUUUAGAAAUAGAUGCUAGCCACAUGGUUCGGUGCGAUCAUCUAGCACAGUUUUUCUUCGAUACUGCACGUGCGAUAAUUGACGACAUAUAUGACGGAAUAGGUAAUUUCUUGGAGGAAAUAAAAGUGAGCUUUUCAAGAAGCUCUGAGUUGCAAUCAGAGGCUGCUGUCUGUAGUAUUUGCUCGGGGUAUAUCCUGAGCGAUUAAUACUCACUUGCUUGAGUUUUCACCCAAAGAUUGAGCAUGGUGCCUUAAAAAUACCGAAUGCAACUGAUUAAUAUGAAUCAAUCACUGCUCACGAUUAGUAGCAUCACUAAAUAGCGAUUAUUUAGUUCUGAUCAUGUUCAUCCAUAAACCAAGUUGUAUUAUCCUAAUGAUUUUAGGACUGAGGUAAACAAUAUAAUCAUUUGCAUAACAUAA